ACGAUACGAGUCAUACACUCCAAAACAGCCCCCGUCGAAUAUUUCCGCGUUAAGCAACGUUCAUCGGCAGCUUCCUCUACGACCUUUUUAUCCUUUUUCAUUCAUCGUCAACUACACGCAAUAUACACAUUUGAGGAUCCCUUUUUCAUCCAAUUCUUCUAUUCGUUCUUCAUUUUGAAUCAUCAAUCGAAGAAAAAAAGGGCGUGUCUUUUGAUUAAUUCAGUUCAUCAUGAGUUUUCUCUUCGGAAAGCGUAAAUCUCCUGCAGAACUGCUGCGGGAGAACAAGAGAAUGUUGGAUAAGUCUAUUCGAGAAAUCGAAAGAGAAAGACAGGGUUUGCAAACACAAGAGAAGAAGUUGAUUGUAGAAAUUAAGAAAAGUGCUAAGCAAGGACAGAUGGGAGCUGUCAGAGUCAUGGCAAAAGAUCUGAUUAGAACACGACAUCAAAUUGAGAAAUUUUACAAGCUUAAAUCGCAGCUUCAAGGUGUAUCUUUGAGAAUUCAGACACUGAAAUCUACACAAGCGAUGGGAGAAGCGAUGAAAGGAGUCACAAAAGCUAUGGGACAAAUGAAUCGGCAGAUGAACCUACCAUCACUCCAGAAAAUAAUGCAAGAAUUUGAGAGGCAAAACGAGAGGAUGGAACUGACUAGUGAAGUCAUGGCGGAUGCUAUUGAUGACGCUUUGGAGGGUGAUGAGGAAGAGGAAGAAACAGACGAGCUUGUUAACCAGGUUCUUGAUGAAAUUGGUAUUGAUGUUAACCAAGAGCUUGUAAAUGCACCAUCAUCUGCAGUGGCUGCUCCUGCUGCUAAGACCAAGGUGCCACAGGCGGAACCGACAGGGAAUGAUGACGGUGGGAUUGAUGAUGACUUGCAGGCAAGGUUGGAUAAUUUGAGAAGAAUGUAGUCUCAUCUGUCUCAUUUGUACGCACUUUGAACAAGAGAGUUUAGUUUAUUGAUGUCUAUUUUGUGUAAUAUCUUUCUUAACACUUGAGGGAGUGCCGGCUGACUUAUUUUGUUUGUAUAUAUAGAAGCAUCAAAGAUGAUAAUGCUCAAUAAGCUAUAUUUCUAUCC